AUGGGGUGCUGCCAGCAAGUCCUAUCGGUUGGGGAUGUUAACCAUAUACUAAUGUGUUGGAUGCCGAGUGGUGCAGUAAAGCCUAGCAGUUGGGGGUUGAGUUACCAGGUCGUUGUGCUGGUAUCAGAGCUUGUUGAGUCACGUUUUUGUGUAUGUGGAGAGUGCGAAUUGUCCCCUGGGAUCCGAUGGAGUUGUGGCAUUUUCGAGCACGGUACAGACUUGAAUUUUCAAUUGAGUGAGAGAAUGACUAGUGGAAGCGGUUCCUUGAAGGAUAGGGUGACUAGGAUUGAAGUUUAUCUUCGCACACCAAUGAGUGAUGAUGCAUUGAGUGUGGCAAUGCGACUGGAGGAUCUCCGUGUGAAGAUGGCAGAGAUUCAAAAGUCUUCAGAGAAUUGA